AUGACUUUCCGUACUGAUGAAUUGUUGUAGCAGGUUGAUGUGUCAAAAUGGCAGAGCUAACAACACUGGAGAGCCUUCUGGAGAUGGGCUUUGGCAGAAACAGAGCGGAGAAAGCUGUGGCCAAUACAGGGAACCAGGGGAUAGAGCAAGCCAUGGACUGGUUGAUGGAACAUGAGAACGAUCCAGACAUCGACGAGCCGUACGUUCCUCCGGCUGGGAACGUUUUAGGAGAAGAGGCAGAUCAGACGACAGCAGGGGACUCAGGUGAAGUGCCAGAAAUCGCAGAGGGAGAUGAAUUAUACUCCGACAACCCAGAGGCUUCGAAACGACCGAUGUCGGAGGAGGAGAAACGUGAGCAGGUCAAGAGACUAGAGGAGCUGAUGCGAGUGAAGCAAGCGGAGAGGAGGGAGCGCGAGCGAGCCGAGGAGGUGGAGCGGGAAAAGCAGCGGAGGAGGCAGGGCCAGGAGCUGCAGCAGAUCCGGCAGAAGAUUCAGGACGACGAGAUGAAGAAACUGGCAGAUCAGCGGAGGAGAGAGAAGAUGGAGGACAAGCUGGCUAGGCAAAGGGUUAAAGACAAAAUCGCACGAGACCGAGAGGAGAGAGCACAGAAGUUUGGAGGUGGUGCACCUCCAAGCACCGGGACAUCCACCCAGCCCACCCCGCCCAGUCCGUCGUCACCCACGGGUCAGGGGCCCCCGCCCACAAAGAAGGAGUAUGAUGAGUCCAGGAUACAGGUUCGUCUGCUGGACGGCUCCACCAUCAACACGGUGUUCAAGGCCCAGGAGCCGCUGGCGGCGGUGCGCGUCUACGUGCAGAUGAACGGCAACACACCCGAUGGUCAGGACUUCACGCUGCUGUCGCCGUAUCCACGCCACGUUUACACCGAACUGGACAUGGAGAAGCCUCUCAAAGAGCUGGGUUUGGUGCCUUCAGCUGUGCUGGUUGUUACCAAAAAGUGAGAUGGAUCAGCUCUGUGAGCCUACCUCACCUCUACCACGACGUCGACACGAGAACCGAGCGAUCCAGGAACCGAGCUGCCAUCUGCUAGUAUCACUCACAAAGCCAGCUAGCUGAACCGAAGCAGAGAAGCAGUGAAGCUGCAUUCAGACACAUUGGAGCUCCUCUGAAUUUGAUCUGAGUUUUUGUUUGGGAAGACUGACUGAAUGCAGCUUCAGAUCUGCUGCAGGCGUUGAACUGGACCUUCGACCUCAGCCGGUCGAGCUGAAGAUAGCUGCCUUCUGACUGAUACUUCCCUAAGGAACUCUGCUUGUGGUUUCAACACAUUUAUUAAAAAAAUGCACAGAACAAAGUUUUAACUCGAUCCUUGUAUUGCUAAAGAAUACGUGCUAAAGUGGUUCUGAAAGGGCCUUAAGUUUAUUUCCUGGAAUCUUCCCGACUUUGUGACGUUAUACUUUCAUUUUUUUAAUGAGUUCAGAUUUGCUGAAAGCUGUGUCCACGAGGAAACCGAUUACAAUAAAACUAGCUGGGAGAAUCGA